GUUCACUCAACUGCCUUAGCAGUCGUAGUACGAUACUACUGCUAUUGCUGCUGCCACUGCUUUUCCAGUGAACCACUAUUGACUAUUUACAAAAUAAGAUCAAGAAAUGGAGAGCCAUUCAUCAGGAGCUCUGAUUCCACCUGAAGUCUUUCGAGGUGGCCAAUGUGAUCUUACCGGCUUUCUUGGAUGCCUAUGGCAGCAGGCAAAAGCAUCACUGUUGGUGCCAUUUUUAAAAAUAAUGGUUUUUUUGUGUCUGACAAUGUUGAUAUUGUUAUUCGUGGAGAGAGUUUAUAUGGGAAUUGUCGCAGUUUUGAUAAAGAUAUUCAGGUGGAAACCUGAGAAGAAGUACAAAUGGAAGCCAAUGAAGGAAGCUUUGCAGAUGGGAAAUUCAGCUUUCCCUAUGGUUUUAGUGCAAAUACCGAUGUGCAAUGAAAAAGAGGUGUAUCAAUUGUCAAUUGGUGCUGCUUGUGGCUUAUCGUGGCCAACUGAUCGAAUCAUAAUUCAAGUUCUUGAUGAUUCAACGGAUCCUGCUAUCAAGGCCUUAAAGGAGCAAGAGUGCAGGAGGUGGGCAAGCAGAGGCAUAAACAUAAAGUAUGAGAUUAGAGAGAAACGCAAUGGUUAUAAAGCUGGUGCUCUGAGGGAUGGAAUGAAAUGUAGCUAUGUGAAGCUAUGUGACUAUGUCGUCAUCUUUGAUGCUGAUUUUCAACCUGAUUCUGAUUUCUUGCAUCGCACCAUUCCUUUUCUCGUCCAUAAUCCUGAGAUAGCUCUGGUUCAAACCCGCUGGAAAUUCGUGAAUUCUGAUGAAUCCUUGAUGACAAGAAUGCAAGAGAUGUCUCUUAAUUACCAUUUCAUUGUGGAACAAGAAGUUGGAUCCUACAUUUAUGCAUUUUUUGGCUUUAAUGGAACUGCUGGUGUAUGGCGAAUUUCAGCACUCAAUGAAGCUGGAGGGUGGAAGGACAGAACAACUGUGGAGGAUCUGGAUCUGGCUAUCCGAGCCGGUCUCAAAGGCUUGAAAUUUCUGUAUGUUGGUGAUGUUGAGGUGAAAAGUGAAUUGCCAAGUACUUUCAAAGCAUACCAGCACCAGCAACAUCGGUGGUCCUGUGGCCCUGCUAAUCUGUUUAGGAAAGUGGCUAUGGAGAUAGUUAGAUGCAAGAAGGUUUCUCCGUGGAGAAAGUUUUAUCUGAUAUACAGUUUCUUCUUCGUUCAGAAGAUAGUGAUACAUAUAGUCAUGUUCAUCUUCUACUGCGUUGUCCUGCCAGCCACUACCAUGAUUCCUGAAGUACAAGUUCCUAUAUGGGGAGCUGUUUGCAUUCCUGUAAUUACUCUACUGAAUGCACUUGGGACACCGAGGUCAUUCCACCUAGUAAUUUUCUGGAUCCUCUUCGAAAACGUAAUGUCUCUGCAUCGGACCAAGGGCACAUUCAUAGGUCUACUCGAGGUAGGGAGAGUUAACGAGUGGAUUGUCACGGAAAAAUUGGGACGUGUCCUACAAACGAAGUCAGGCUCUAAAGUUCCCAAGAAACCUCGUUUUAGAAUGGGAAACAGAUUACAAGUUCUGGAGCUCUUUGUUGGGUUUUACCUGUUCUUUUGUGGGUGUUAUGACGUGGCUUUUGGAAAGAGCGGCCUCUUUAUAUACCUUUUCCUUCAAUCAACAGCAUUUUUCGUGGUAGGAUUCGGACAUGUUGGCACCUUUGUCCCUACUUCUUCCUAAAACUCUUGCAGCAUGGGAAAGACUCAUCUAUUGGAUUGUCCGAAGGAUAUCUGUGUACCUGUGUACUAUUUUAUUUUUCGCCUUCUGAAGUACAAGUGGCUGCUUAAUUCUUUUAUGCUGUCACUUAGCAAUUAUAGUGAAUAUUUUAUCCAAUGGUUCCCAUGCAAGAAAACGGGUGAGAUUUAAGAAGUGGGGAGGAAGAAGGAGAUUUGAUGAUGUAAUAUUGCAAUUAAUAAUUAAGAAUUGAAAACAU